AUGCAUCAUGAAUGUGCUGAGAUUGAUCAUUAUGAGAACAAUGUCAACACAUUAGAUCAAGUAAUUUUAGGCCAAUUGCGGUGUGUAACUUCAGAUUCUUCUUUGACAGCUCGUAAACAUAAAGUACAAACUGAGAGGAAACAAUCACGAAGAUUGAUUGUCAAAGCUCAUGGUAAUGCAAGAAAACUUCCUAAGAAUGUGACUUCUUUUUCUGAUUCAGAGUUUGUUGUAAGGGUUUUACACAAUUAUGCAGAACAACAUGCCAUAAUUUUACCAGGCAGAAGUAGCACUCAGUAUAAUGCAAAUUUCAAGCUUCUACCUUCAAGUGAUAAUAAAGCCAAAAUUUUUGAAACUUAUAUGGCUUCCUUUACAAAUGAUAUGCCCUUAAAACCAGUAUCAAGUAGAGUGUUUUGUAAUAUUUGGAAAGAGAUAUGCCCAAAAAUAGUUGUCAUGAAGCCCAAAUCAGAUCUUUGUGCAUUUUGCCAACAGCAUUUCACAUCAGGAACUGCAAUGGCGUCAGUGCCUGAAGAAACUAAAAUGGAAACGAUUGAAAAAAUGAGGUCCCAUCUACAACUUGUUGCAAAAGAAAGAGUGUUUUAUAAGGGAACUAUCAAAAAGACUACGGAAAAUUUUGAAGAUGGUGAUAGAAGUUGUGUUAGAGAGAACAAUGCUUUAAGGAUGGCACAGAUAGAAUUACUCGAAAUGAAACGAAAGUUUGAUGCCUUGAGAGUUGUGGAGACAGAGAAAAAAAUGAUGGUUGCCUUGUUGCAGAGAAAGGAUGAAGACUUAAAAACUCUGAAAAGCUUGCUUGAAAAUGAAAGGAAAGAAAAAAUGACUAUAAUUAAUGAAAAGGAACAUUUUGAAAAAGAAAAAGCAGAAGAAGUAGAAAGAAUUAAUAAAGAAAAUCUUAGAUUAAAAGCUGAGCUUGACAAAUUAAAUGAGAGAAUAAAAUCUAUUCAGUUUGGAGCAGCAGUAGAGAAUCUACAGGCUUGUGUUGAGCUAAAAAGGCUGAUGCUGAGCAAAGAUAGAGAUGGAUAUCAGAAACUCCUGGAAGAGCACAACCUAUUGAAAAAACAAAAUGAAAGCUUGAAGAAUGAAAUGGGUCACCUGCAAUGGCAUGGGCAUUCUAAAAGUACUCAUCAGUGUUCUUUUUAUAGUCCAAUCACUGUUAGUGCACAAGAUAAAACUAUAAGUGGUGUAUCUGACCAUGGGGAAGAUACUGAAGGUGUUCAAUUGGUUCUCAGGCUCCACCAGAAGGUAAAAGAACUGGAAAAAGAAACAAUCAAGUUGCAGAAACAAAUGGAAGAGGUAGAGAAAGAAAAAGAUGGUCCAUGUGGUGAUACAGCAUUUACACAUGUUGGUUUUAGAGAUGGAGGUGGUGAUACAAUACUCACUGUGGUUUCCUUCCUCUUUUCUACCAGUGACUGCAGUGGAACUGCUACAGUUGUUGUUGACACCAUUUCUGCUUCAGUUGCUUGUGCUGCUGCUGUUAUUGGUCUUGUUGCUCAAGCUGAUUCAGAUGUUGCUGGUUUUGAUGGUGCUGCCAUUGUUACUGAAUUUGAUCGUGAUGCUGUAACAAUUUGUGGUUCUGUAGCUGCUUUAGUUGUUGUCUCCAGGACAUAUUCACUUCCUGCAUGGUUGCUUUCAUUGCAGCAACUGGAAGUGGAAAAUCGAAGAUUACAUGCAAAUAUGACUAAACUUCAGCUAUCAUUCGAUGAUUGCUGUUCUAAUCAAACAUUAGAUGAUGGUCUAGGGCGAGAAGAAUUGCUAAAGCAGUACAUUCAGCUGCAACUUGAAGUUGACAGAUGGCGAGAGGAAUGCAUUCAGUUACACAGUAUUCUAGCAAAGCAAACUGAAGGUUUGAAGAAUGUUGCUAGUAUCAACUAUGGAAGUCAUGUACACUUAAUAAAUGAGGUUGUGGAGCUAGUACUGGCAUUUGAAGCACAGAAGAAGAUAAACAGGCAGCUGGAAGACGAAUUGCACCAAGAGAAAAAUAAGUGGCAAGCAGAAAGAGAACAACUCCAACAAGAAAAUGAGAAACUCAGAGAGGAGAAUGAUAAUCAGCACAAGCUUUUGCCUCCAAGCUUAACUAAAAGCCCACAAACUCAAACUGAGGCUUUUAUGCAACAUGAAAUUAUAAGAGUGACUUCAGAAAAGCUGGUCCUUCAAGAAAAACUAGAUUUAGCUAAAGAGGAACUUUCACAAUGCAAGAACAGCUUAAAAUUGCAAACUGAAGUGCUGAAGGAUGCAGGGUUGUUUUCCAGCAAAUUAGAUAACAAUGCAGAAACAGCUGAAAACUCAAUAGAGGAAGUGCUAGUGAAGAGGCAAGGUCAAAGGAAUAACAGAAGAGGGAUAAGAAAGAAUGAAAGACAUUACCAAGGAAUUUUUGAGUUUCACAAAGAGGAUAUUAUACAUAUUGUUAGGCAUGUGAUAUUUGAAUUAAAGCCACAUAUUGCUGUAACAUUACUGCCAGGAUUGCCUGCAUACAUUUUGUUCAUGUGCAUUAGGCAUGCCGACUGUCAAAAUGAUUAUGAGAAAGUACGAUUACUCCUGACAGCAACUAUCUACACCAUCGAAAAAGUUACUAAGAAAGGCCAUGAUGAUAUUGAUAUAAUGGUUUUGUGGCUUUCAAAUACUAGUCUUGCUGGGCACAUACAAGAAAAGAUACAGCCACUAGUGGUGCCAGCUAUUCUUGAACAUGAAGAAAUAAGUGGCUUGACAAGUCUGAUAGCUAGUGGAAAGAGAGGAAGAGCUGUGAUGUCAUCAUGGGAUUCUGAGCCAUUUUUGGGUGUACAGAAGUCAUUGGAUGCACUCUUGCAGGAACUAAAUUAUAUUGCUGGGCACAUACAAGAAAAGAUACAGCCACUGGUGGUGCCAGCUAUUCUUGAACAUGAAGAAAUAAGUGGCUUGACAAGUCAGAUAGCUAGUGGAAAGAGAGGAAGAGCUGUGUUGUCAUCAUGGGAUUCUGAGCCAUUUUUGGGUGUACAGAAGUCAUUGGAUGCACUCUUGCAGGAACUAAAUUAUAUCUAUAAAAUUAUGGGGAACCAUGGUGUUGACCCAGAACUUACUGUCCAGAUAUUUCGGCAGGUAUUCUACUUCAUCUGUGCCAUUUCAAUGAAUAACCUACUGCUCCGAAAGGAUUUGUGUCAUUGGAGUAAAGGAAUGCAGAUAAGAUAUAAUCUAUCACAUCUUGAACAGUGGUGUCGUGACAUGAGACUACAGUAUACUGUCGUGCCAACCACAUUACAGCCCACAAUUCAGGCUGCCCACUUGCUACAGGCUCGUAAGCUGGAUGAAGAUGUUCAGCAUGUAUGCAAUAUGUGUGAUAAACUUUCAAUGUUGCAGAUUGCUCAUUGUGAUGGUUCUUACAUAGUAAUGCAUCCACUCAUGUUAAAGACUGGUUUAUAUACCAUAUGGGUUAGGAAGAAACAUAUUUAUAAAGACUUGUGA